CUGUCCAGUUCUUGUACACGUUUCCAACAUAUGAAAUUUAAGUGAAAGACAUCGAAGGUGCUCAGCCAGUGCUUGUGAGUUCAGUCGUGCAGCAGACAUGACGACGGCCACCAUGAGGCCCAUCGUUGUUGCAUUUGUGAUUAUCUGUUGGAUUGCUGGUGCAGUUUACGGCGCCCCAUAUUAUGGCAAGUUCCUCGGAAAACUUUCCGAAUUACAUCACGGCGUCUCAGGCGAAGUAUACGCGGUCGACGGGCGAACUUUAUACCUGAAAGAUUUCACUUACGACGGCCAAGGCCCAGCUGCGUACUUCUACGCCAGCACGGGAAGAACCGCCGAUAGAUCAGGUUUCCGUCUUAAGGACGAAAACGGGAGCCCCGAGGUGAUCCGAAAGUACAGAAAGGAAGGUGUCACACUGACUUUGCCCGAAGGGAAGACCCUUAACAACAUCAAGAUCUUCUACGUAUGGUGCGAGGAGUUUGAGGUAAACUUCGGCGACGUGAAAAUCCCUCGCAACUUCGACUACCCCCGCCCUCAGAAAAUCGACGCUUUGAAGGGUGUCCACGGCAUUUCCUCUGACCCCAUCGUCCUCGUGGACGCGCAAACUCUGCUCGUCCCUAAUUUAUCGUACGACGGAGAGGCCCCAGAUGCGAAAUUCUGGGUGGGGCGAGGAGCGAAACCGUCGCCGCAAGGUAUAAGGGUCCCGGACGAAAAUGGCAAAGAAGUACCUCUUCGCAGGUACGACCACAAAACCGUCGUCUUAACGCUGCCAGGUGACCUGACCGUGUUCGAUAUCGGCCACUUCGGCAUCUGGUGUGAGGCCUUCACCGUCGACUUCGGCCACGUCCAAAUCCCGUCGAACCUCAACGUGCCGCCGUCGCUGAAGAUGCUAGGAGUUAGCCCACAGUCGAAACUCAACUGCGAAGUUCUGUACGAUGACCUGGCAUUUGAGGUGCGAUGGGCGGUCGCAGGAGACAGCAUUGUGUUGCAACUAGUUGCAAAAUUGGAAGACAGAGAGUACAUGUCUUUCGGACUUUCGGGCGACGACUCCCGCAACGAAAUGAUAGGUGGUGACGUUGCGGUGGCUUGGGUGGACAGAGACACCCUAAAAGGCUCCGCCGAGGAUUAUUACCUAGAGUCCAAAUCGCAAUGUACGGGUCGUACCGGAGCGUGCCCCGACAACCGAUUUAGAGAAAACUCCAAUGACGUCCGACCACUGAACAGCGCCAUGGUCAACGGCUACUCAAUAGUGACCUACCAACGCCCACUGAAGCCCUCCGAUGAAUUUGACAGGCAAAUUCACACCAAUCGUUCGCAAGCCGUCAUCUGGGCCAUCGGACCACUCAAUGAAAGAAACGAGGUGUCUUUCCACACCCACUACACCAAAAGUGACCUGUUCCUGGAUUUCGGCCGCCCGGCCAAAUGGAACUGCCCCAUGCCCGAAGCAGAACAACCAUCGAUGAGAACACAAGCGCCUCCUGCAACCACUACUGCGGCACCUUCGCGGUCCAGAAACACCGAAAGAAGACGUGGUGGUAAUCGGAAGGAAGCCCCAGCAGUUGAUAACGAAAGAAGUGCGUCAAGAACCAGGCAAACGGAACGAAGGGGUAAUACCAAAAGAGGAAAUAACAAUGUGAGGGCAGUGCCCACACCGGCGCCUGUCGCAAAACGAAACGCUUGGGAUAUACCAUCGAUUAAAUGUUAUGAACCCGAAGACGGCGUUUUCUACGCCCAGAUGGGUCCGACUGGUGGUAAGAGAGGGUAUUCCGCCAUCACUGGUCACGUCGGUUGGGGCAUUUCUUGGUACAUUAACGGACUCUUGAUACCUGAAAUUAACGUGGUCAGAGGCAAAACGUACACUUUCGUGGUAGAGGGCGGUUUCGAUCCUGAAAUUGCCGCGAAGUACCAUCCGUUCUACAUCACUGACGAUUCUGUGGGCGGCUACGAAUACAAGACUGCCGAGGAAAAAAAGAACGUCAGGAUUUUCGCUGGAGCUCUUGUUGCUAAAGACGGCACUGUUAAGCCUACGGGUACUGGACGUCUUUGCCACUGGACCCAACAAGGAGAUUUAGAAGCUGAUGAUUUUGAGUCGUUUGGCGCUUAUCAAAGAACGUUAGAGCUGAAAUGUGAUCAAGGAGAGCCGGGUGUUAUUCAGUGGACGCCGGAUAGGAAUACUCCCGACACCGUCUACUAUCAGUGCUUCACUCAUCGUUAUUUGGGUUGGAAAAUAAACGUCCACGAUUCAUGUGACGAACAAACGGCCGCUAGCGAACCUGAAGCUUCGGUUGUGCCUGCGCCGGAUCUUGAAGAAAGUCCGUCGAUUCGGAUUGAAACAAGGGUAAAACCAAAUGCUUUAAUUGUCGAAGACAAAGAAGAUAAGAAUAAUACAACAGUUUCAGAAAAGAGGGUCGUCUCUCCCGUAACACAUAAACCUAUUUUUAUCCAAACUUCCGACGUCAUGCCCGUAACACACGAACCAUUCCUUAUCCAAACUCCAGAAGUACUUCCUACGUCCAUCUACAUGGCCCAUAUACCAGUAUUUACCACGUAUAACCCAUUUACUUACGAUAAUCCCUUCUACACCCCAUACCAACAGUCUUUCAAGCCCAGCCCUCCUUUAGAAUCGGUUAGAGAGAUUUUCAGACCUGACAUUUCUCCAGAAGCACCAAAAGAAUCUACUCUUCCACUUUCCACUACUACUGCUGCUGCUACUACUACUACUACUUCCACUACCGCUGCCGCUAUAACUUCUACCGAAACGCUUACCGACACAGUAAUUGGCGCGUCUUCCAACAUUAAGCCAACCAACCAAAGUUUCUUUGUUCCUCCUUUUAUGCAUCAGACUAACUUUAUAAUGCGCAGGCCUUCUGUUCCGAAACGUUGGCCUUACCAACCGAUGGUCUUGCGUCCUCCACCUUACAAGAAACACAUCUAUCGACCACCAAUGAAAGUAUUUCAUAAAAGACCUCUGAUGGAACCACUGCACCUUUCGGAAUCUCACACAAAAUUGAGACGACCGCAGACCUUCAUAAUUGCGAUGGCACCACCACCACCACCAAAACCACUCAAAAUCGUAACAACUCCACCAACAAUUACAGCGAAAAACGUAGAAAUCUCCCCGCAACAAGCCUCCACCGAGAAAGAGCCCGACAUGCAAAUGGUUUCUUCGUCAGCGGUGGAAGUGGUGAAACCAUUCAAACCCCCCUUUUCACUAAAACCCGCACAGAACACCGGCUUUCGUCCCGAAUCCGUCAUCAUCGAAAGCGGCUUUAAACCCAUCAUCACCAAAGAAAUCCAAAAACGUAUCGACGAACCCGACCUGGAAUACGAAAGCGAGAUCGGUGUUAUCGAUCACGAAAGGCCGCCGCUACCCCCUCAGUCUUUCGAACCCGUGUUCGUCCCAUCCCCCAUUGACAAACUCAAACACAAACGACCCUACAUCAAGAAGGUUAUAAUCAAACACUCUCGAAGUAUUCCGGAGGAAGAUAGCGACGAGCCGGUGGCCGCUGCAGCCGAAAGAGUAGAAUCCUAUUACUUGCCUCCAUUAGGCACACCUCCGCAGAUAAGUCAGUCGCGCCAACCCUCAAAUAUCGACAUCGAAGGACCGGAGAAAAUAGAUUUAGCGUCCCCACCGGACGUCGUGGUGACUUACGACGGAAAAAGGGUGUCCGGUGCUAGUCUCACGGCAAAAAUUGCCGAUCGAUCUAGCAUUUUAGACCAGCGGGCUUCGAAAGCGGCGGAAUUGAUUAAAGCACGACCCCAAUUCGCACCUUUCAAGGGCGAGCUGCCCCCACUCAACCCCGAGAUUAUUAAUCAAAAGGUGCCGCAGUUGCAGAAUCGCGGUCUCACCAGGGAUCUGGAAAGUCCUCCUAGAAGCUCCACGAGGCUGAGUCGCGUGAGGCAGAAGAGAUCCAAGGGUGAUGUGGUGCCGUCAGAGAAUAGCUAAUUUCACUUUUUUACUUUAAUUGUUAAAUAGUUGUAAGUUUUAUUUGUGUUGUGUGUAAAUAAAAGAUUUCUAGUUUAAUGAAA